GAGGAGAGAGAGAGGGCAAUUUAAAUAGGAACAGGUAGAGACCGAGAGAGGGGAAUCCUAAGAGGAGCAGAAAGAAAAGGGAUCCAGGAACAGAGGGAGGGGAAUUACAAUCCAGGAACAGGGAGUGGGAUUGAAAAAAAGAGAGAAUCCAGCCCCAGGAACAGAGACAGAGGGAGAUCCAGCCCAGAGAGAGUGAGAGAAAGCGGAUUCGACACUGGGGCAGAUAGAGCGCGGGGAGAGGCAGUAGAUCCAGCCCCAGGGACCGAGGAACACACUGAGAGAGAGAGACAGAGCGGGAUCCGGGCCGCGGAGACCUUGUGGUUUCAGUAUUGCGAGAAGCAGCUGGAGAGACUACAGUUCUCAAUACCUUCGACAUGAAGUAUACUAGUCGUGUCAGUCACUGGAGCAAUUGUCUGAGUUGUACAGUGAGCAGUGCCUGUUCCAACGACAACGAUAAUAUGAAGGCGCGCUCUUGGAAGACAGGCAGCUUACAGCGUGACUCCAACUGUCCACAGCACUGCCCAAACACAGGGUCUCCAGACUCCAGCAUCGAUGCCAGAAUCUCAUCCUCUGCUGUGGACAAAUUGACUGUGGCGGUGCCUUCUGAACCUCAGCCGAAACUGGUGGUCUGCUCUUAUGUCACUUCUGAAUCUAACCUCAACUUGUCACCGGACAGCGGUCUCUUGUCUCCAGACAGUGGUUACCUGUCUCAGCUGAAUCAGUCUUCUCUUUCAGUUGAGGAAGAAGGAAAUCUUGUCCAGGAUGGCGAUCACCGAAUUGGGGGCUCUUCUGAAGACCUAGCACAUGAGGGAGAGCAGCUUUCAGGGAAGAAGGUGGAAGAUCCCGCCACCGCUUCGCCUACGCAAAAUCGGACAGGGGAUCCUGGACUUGAGGCCAAGCCAAGUGAGAAGAACCUCGCACUGACCAAAUGGCAGCGGCUGCCAGCCCUUCAGGUUGGGUGGGCAGUCUGCCAGAGUAUGGGCCGUGUAAAGGGCAAGCUCAGAGUGGACAAGUCCCUGCUCAAGGAGACGUUACGGGGGCAAGUCUUCACUGUAGACAACCUUAUCGGCAGGAAGAUGGGGCUAGAGUACGUGGACAUCUGGAAAGAAUUGUUGGAUCGAGGAUUCCCCAACCUUCUGAAAAUAAUCCUGAGGUUCCUGACUCUCCCUAACCUCCUGAACUGUGUCAAAGUGAGCAAGACCUGGAAGAGGAUCGUCUAUGACGAUAAAAGAGCAAGCCAGCUCUUGAGGAAUGCUUUGCAUUUACAAAGAUUGUCUGGUGCUGACUCUCUGGGUGACACAGCUGUCCGCAGGAAUGUGGUUUCCCGAGGGGUUUUGUCUUCCGUGCAGCGUGUGGGUGUGAGUUCCCCUCAGAAAUGCUUGACUCAGCCUUCCAGCCCAGUGAAACUAAAUCGUGUUUCCCAAAGAAGCAUUCGACAUCAACAGGUUGUGAAGACACUCAAGCAGGAUGAGACCCUCAAGACUUGCCCCUUGUGUGCCUCACCGGCCAUAUUUACACCUUGCGAGGAGAGGGCGAUCUGCAGCAACGCUAACUGCUCCUACGAUUACUGCUCACUGUGUUUCGACACCUUUCAUGGGUCAAAAGAAUGUGCUCGCCGCCACUACAGAAACCAUUCCAAAUCACAGCCACAAGCAGGGAGCAAAAAGAGCAAACGGAACUUAAAACGAUUGUGACCGAGGAGUGCGAGAGCGUCUGUGUGUGUGCUGGAUUUAUUUUUGUUCAUUAGUAGAAAAUGAAUUUCAGAAAAGAAAAUGUAUUUUAAGAAAGUUUUAUGGAAAAUAUUGAACUGCAGUUUUAUUUAUAAAUCCAGAAAAUCUACUUAAAAGAAAACGUUUUAAAAAUUAAUAUAUGAAAUACCAAGAGAUGUCAUCACUGCAGAAUGAACACGACACACAAAUAUUUUAAUAGUGUAACAUUUCCAGUUAAAUUGAAGA